AUGAACACGAGGAACCCUAUAGUGAAAUCUAGCCCAAUAAAACCAGCUAGAUUUCUCAGUGUAAAUUUCAACCAAGAUUAUACAUGUUUCAGCUGCUCCACUGAAGAUGGCUUCAUGGUAUUCAACGUUGAUCCGUUGGAAAGUAAACUAAGCAAGCAAUUUUCCAAUCCAAAUGCUAGCGGAAUCGCCUUUACGCGGAUGCUGUAUCGAACAAAUUACAUUGCUUUAGUAGGAGGUGGCAAGCGUCCACGGUACCCCCAAAGCAAACUAGUUAUUUGGGAUGAUCUACAACAGCGCGAAUCCAUUACUUUGAGCUUCAUGUCUCCUAUUCACAACGUAUUUCUCUCGCGCGUACACAUGGUUGUCGUUUUGCAGAAUACUAUCGAGAUUUAUCAAUUUGGGUCCAAGCCACGCAGACUGACGUCCCCUCUUGAAACGGGAACGAACGCGACCACUGACUUUGUUGUGUGCCAGCGAAAACUGAGACGCUCAUCUUCGUCGCAAACGGGCUCAGGAAACGACUCGCUCAUGGUAACAAAAGGGAUAUUGGCUUUUCCCUCCGCAAGAAAUGCAGGGCAGGUACAGAUCGCAGAUCUGGCACAAUUGCAGCUCAGUGAGAUCGAAGAAGAAUCAUCCGCGCAAUUGCCUACUUCAAUUAUCAAGGCUCAUAAAACACCCAUCAGGUGUAUCAAGCUAAAUCCACAGGGAACAAUGCUCGCUACGUGCUCCGUGCAAGGAACAAUCGUGCGGAUAUUCAGCACACAGAACGGAUCUUUGAUCCGAGAAUUUAGGAGAGGUCUGGACCGCGCCGAUAUCUAUGAAAUGGCGUGGAGCCCCCGUGGAAAUAGGCUAGCAGUUGUUAGUGACAAGCAGACGCUUCACAUUUACCAAAUUACCGACGAUGAUGAAGAGAUGAAGAACAAGACGCAUGUUUUGAAAGAUGUUCCAUUUUUUUGGAAACCAAAGUAUUUAGAAUCAACGUGGUCCAUGUGUUCGCUGCAUUUACAUUCUGCUCUAAAAAGUAAGGAUGACUUGAACGACCAGGAGUUUUAUAGUGAUAGAUGCAAACUUGGGUGGUGUCACGAUGGCGAAGAGGAUAGCUUGGUACUAAUUUGGAGGAAAAGUGGGAUUUGGGAAAAAUAUGUGAUUUUAGAAAAGGAAACGAAGGCAUACACCGUCAAUGAAACGUUACAGAAACCAUCAACCUUAAGCCAAACUAAAAAGAAAUGGGAGGUAAUCAGAGAGAGCUGGAGACAGUUGUAA